GUGUCGACCCUUGGCUUGGGUCCAGCCUUCAGACUUCAGAGGCAGGCUGCAAGAGAGUUCAUCGAUCUAGCUAGCUAGCUAGCGUGUGUUUAGGGUACCUAGCUAGCUAGCUUCAACAUAUAUAUCUUAGUUGCACACACAGCUCAAAAGAAAGGAAUCAUCGAUCGAUCGGCAGGGAGGGAUGGGGCUGAGGGAGAUCGAGUCCACAUUGCCGCCGGGGUUCAGGUUCUAUCCCAGCGACGAGGAGCUGGUGUGCCACUACCUCUACAAGAAGGUGGCCAACGAGCGCGCCGCGCAGGGGACGCUGGUGGAGGUCGACCUGCACGCGCGAGAGCCAUGGGAGCUUCCAGACGCGGCCAAGCUGACGGCGAGCGAGUGGUACUUCUUCAGCUUCCGGGACCGCAAGUACGCCACGGGGUCGCGCACCAACCGCGCCACCAAGACGGGGUACUGGAAGGCCACCGGCAAGGACCGCGAGGUGCGCAGCCCGGCCACCCGCGCCGUCGUCGCCAUGAGGAAGACGCUCGUCUUCUACCAGGGACGCGCACCCAACGGCGUCAAGUCCUGCUGGGUCAUGCACGAGUUCCGCCUCGACUCGCCGCAUACGCCACCAAAGGAGGACUGGGUGCUCUGCAGGGUGUUCCAGAAGCGGAAAGACAGCGAGCAAGACAACGGCGGCGGCUCCUCCUCGCCGCCGACCUUUGCCGGCGCGUCGUCGCAGGGGGUCGUUCUAGAUCUGCCGGACGACCAGCAGCCCAGCAUGACGAUGGCCGGCGCGUACGUAGCAGUGGACCACCACCAGCCAGGCUCUUCCGCCGUCGGGUUCGCACUGCCGCCGCAUGCGCAGGACAACGGCCUCGGCGAUGGCGGCCUGGACGCGUUGCUGAUGAACGGAGCGACCAUGUGGCAGUACAGCUCAUCGGCCCUCGCCGACCACUUCCCGCCGGAGGAAGUGACCGCCGCGCCCAUGAUGGGGCUAGGCUCCAGGGGAGGAGGUGACGGGUGCAGCUUCUUCUACGACAGCGGCUUCGACGACAUGGCGAACAUGGGGUUCCCGCAGGGAUGGAUGGGCUGAGGAGGCAAGGCACCAACUGCAACAACGCCAUGGGAUGAUGGAUUGUGAAGGAAACGAUUGAAUUGAUUCCAUUAGUGGUAGUAUUGUACAGUAGGUACGUAGUGUGAGGUUAGUUUAUUGGAAAUUAUUAGAGUGCACCUCCCCAAUCCAAAACAACGGAAUGAAAAGUAGAGCGCAUGACGACAAUUGUAUGUAUCCAUUCACUCCUACUACUAUGCUUGUACAUUAAUUAAUUAGUAUAAA